UUUUUUUUUUUUUGGCUGCGAUAAGAUAAGAAUUUGCACCAGCCACAGCACAGCACUUCACCCACCAAGGUUCCUGCACCAUGUCCUGGCCUUAGUGCUGUGGCUUCAACUACAGCGGUCACGGAUGCGGCUGGUAACUUCACUGCGGGGCAGCUCCUCAACAGGGGUCCCCGUAACGUUCGGGAGUUGCAGGGGUUAGGGUCCUUGGGGUGCUCUCUCUCCGCAGCACAUCACGCAUCGUCAGCCUUCCCACCUCAGAACGGUCGCCGCCCCACCACCGCCCUCAUCGUCGACAGCAACAGCAACAGUACAAGGCCGGCCCGCAGCGCAAUUGAGCAAAGAUGCUGCUGCUCGACUACCAGAACGUGCUAAUACAGGCGGUGCUCACGGAGCGGUUCUCUGGAGCGCCGCCCGUGUCCAUCGACCAGACCGUGUCCGACUUUGACGGCGUCAUCUUCCACAUCUCGACGCCCGAGUCCAAGUCCAAGAUCAUGGUGUCGUUGCAGAUCCGCUGCUACAAGGAUCUCGUGCGCUACGGCGCCGAGCAGGUCCUCAACCGCGAGUACGGCCCCUACGUCGUCGCCCCCGAGAUCGGCUAUGACUUCUCCGUCGUCGUUGACCUCGACAACCUGCCCGCCGAGAAAGAGGCGCGCGACGAGCUAGUCAACAAGAUCUCCCUGCUCAAGCGCAACGCCAUGGCCGCCCCCUUCGAGCAGGCCUACCAGGAGCACUACCGCCUGCGCGAGGAGGCCGCCAAGUUCACGUCUGAGGAGGCCCCCCAGGGUGUGCGCGAGGGAGGCGCGGUCAAGGCCAUCCAGUACCGCGAGGAGGAGGCCAUCUACGUCAAGGCCAGCCACGACCGCGUCACCGUCAUCUUUAGUACCAUCUUCCGCGAGGAGACGGACCGUGUCUACGGCAAGGUCUUCAUCCAGGAGUUCGUCGACGCCCGCCGCCGCGCCAUCCAGAACGCCCCCCAGGUCCUUUUCCGCAACGACCCCCCCCUGGAGCUGCAAGGCGUGCCCGGCGUCAACAACACGGGCACCGGAGAGGUUGGAUAUGUCACCUUCGUUCUGUUUCCUCGCCACCUCACGCCCCAGCGCAUGCCCGACGUCAUCUCGCACAUCCAGACCUUCCGCGACUACUUCCACUACCACAUCAAGGCUUCCAAGGUAGGCGACUUCUUCCCAGUUUCCGGAAAGUUGAUCGCAUGCUUAAACUCUCUUACUUCCUAAGGCAUAUAUCCACUCUCGCAUGAGACGGCGGACGGCAGACUUUCUGCAAGGUGAGUCCCCCAACCCCCUUUUCCAGACUCGGCAGCUUGUUGUCGCUGACACCACGCGCACACAGUUCUACGCAGAGCGAGGCCCGACAGCGAAGAAAAGGAACGCAAGACGGCAAGUGGAAGGACGUUCAAACAGGGUGUUUAAAGCGGCUUCUUGGCGUUUUUCUGUAUCCAGCUCGGGACGGCAGCUGUGGGGGAAUUCCCCGGCCCCUUUGGUGUUGUUGGUUGGGAUCGGCAUGACCAGAAACGACAUGUAGCCUGCGGAUGCGAUAUGCAGCAAAAAGUUGAUUUUUUUCUCCAACGAGGUACUAUAUCCCGACUGCGGUACGCGUGAAGUUGCCUCACUUUCUCUCACCUCGCGGCAGUAAGAGCGCUCAGAUCAGUUCGGGCACAGACUGUAU